UUUCAGAGGCGGGGCUCCACUUGGGUUGCUUUUAGUCCCGACCAGAGCCUCCUGCUGUGCCUUUGGGGACCUGGCCUUGCUCCUUCCUCCUCCUUUGUUCCUCGCAUUCCUUGCCAUGGCUGUUUGGAGCGCCUCCUCCUCCGACCCCAGCCCUGCCGGCUCAGUGCGGCCCAGCCUGGCCUCGGUCUCUUCGGGGGAGCUGCAGCAGGGCUGCCUCCGGACGUGCAACUGCGAGCUGGCCCUGCUCCCCCUCCGCCAGCUCCUGGCCCUCCAGCCCCACUCUUUCCAGCUUCAAGGGGACAGCCUGGCCGUCUUGAACCCGGGGAACCGAGGCUUCACCGUCCUGAGCGACGGCUUCCUCCGGGUCGAUGGGCAGCAGGAGUGCAGGCUCAGCGGCUACUUCAAGAGGUACGUGGAACUUAACACCCAUUACGACUAUAAAAACUACAGAGAGGUUAUAUUGGGCCGGCCAUUGGUAUUAUUUGUCAAUGUGAAAACAAAAUACAGUUCUUCAAAAGAAAAGACCUACGCCUUGCUUGUGAACGUCCGGCAUCCAAAGAUGAGAAGACAGAUUGAAAAUGGAAUGAACAACAUCAUAUCAUCUGUGAUUGGAGAAAGCUAUAAACUUCAGUUUGACUUCCGGGAUGUUGUGAAGAAGUUUUUUCCUUCCGGAGCCCAUCUUGUCAAUGAAGAAAGCUUGAGCUUUUCUUAUGAAUUCAAAUCUGAUGCCUUGUUUGAUUUUUUUUAUUGGUUUGGGAUCAGCAAAAAGACUGUUUCAGUGAAUGGGAAAGUUCUUAACUUGUCCAGUACUAAUCCAGAGAAGAAAGACAUUAUAAUGAAGUUUCUGGAUAAAAUGAGCGAACCAAACCUACGGUCAAACAGCUUUUCAGACAGAAAGUUCAGCAUUGUUUCCAGAACUUCAGUGGAUGACGUGUUUAAUGGGAACCUGACACCGCAACCAGCUUGGACAGAAUCCCCUUUAACAGUUUGGACACUAUCAGGAGUUAAAAAAUCAGAGGACUAACCACAUGCUGUGGUUGAAUUUUCAUACAUUGGAAGUGGAUAGGUCAGAAAAUGAGAGAAUGUAUCACAGAAUAACCUUUACUGCAGAAUGCAAUUAAUUUCUGAAAGAAGGAGUGUGUUCUGUAUCCUUCCUCAAAUUGCAGGAUGUUCUGGCGUUCCAGUUGGUUUCUGUGAUUAAAGAAGAGCACCUUCUGAUUUUUGCAAUGCCACCUGCAGAGUUGACUCUUUGCACAGCGCAUUAGGAGUUGCUUGUUUGGAGCAUAGAUAUUUCAUGGUAUUGCUGUUAAACACUUAAGCAUAUAGCCAAACAGAAGGAUUAAAAAUCUAGAUUAGUUAUUUUAAAUAACUCCCACACGUUAAAAACUGAAUAGUACCAUGACUAGCAAUCUGUUACAUAAUUAUUCUUGUGCUUAUCACCUUUCAAUUGAAAGGCUAAAAAGAUUAAAAAUGCUUCUCAUGUUCAACGAGUAGAUGAAGUAGUAUUACAAACUAAAGUACAGGAUUUUUUAAUGGUGGAUGAUGGCCUUGAAGAACUAAUAUAUGCACUACUUGACCUGAAGUGCAUUUUUGUAUUAUGCAGACAAUUAAUACUCCAUUUUUAGCUUUGCUUUGGCUUAGAAAGAUUUCACUGUGUGGCUGAAGAUAAAACUGAAACACUUGUCUACACUUCAGAAAGCUUUGAGGGUAUAGUCUCUUCCUAUAUCUCCCCAAACCAUAAUCAUUCGUUCUUCCUGUAGGUCCCCCUACCCUAUCUGCAUCUUAAAUUCUUCACUUGUUUAUCCUGAAGCACUGUAAGAUUUACUGAAAGCAGUUGGAAGAAUUUAAUGUUGUGUUUUAAUACAAUUUUGUUUUGAUUCUGGUGCCACUUAAGCCUUUGUAUGUCACAUCUUAAAAAAUGUUUACCCAGCACUUCAGUUUAUAUGAAUGUUAUAUGAACACAGAGAUAGGAAAGUUUGUAAAGCAAUGAUGUAAGCGUAAUAUGGGUUACUUAAAAACAUUAAUAAACACUUAACAAACUGAGUUAUAACAGCAUACACUCUGCAUUAUUGCAGAAUUAUAGUGUGCAUUGCCUCUGUUGCUGAUGCAAUGAAGUCAUGGGAUUAUAUUUCACAACUUCCAUCUAGUCUUUAAUUAGGGGCAUGGGCUUUUUAGAGCUGAUUACAGCAUAGAUUCUUUUCAAUAUAUUCACAAAUUGCAGGAAAUGGAACUCAAUUCAACCGUUGUUCUGAGCUUCUUGCAAGGGAGAUUUACAAGGAAGGUCAUUUCAUAUGGAAUGCUUUUUCAGUCAAAAUAGACAUACAUUCCUUACUUUACUGUACUGCUACAUAAUACUGUAUAAUGCAGAGCAGAAAAAUCCAUACCAAUCAUAUAUGGAAUUUAAAAAACAAUAUUACAUUUCCCAUAAAUAGCAUGGGACUAGAGUACUCUUAUCAUUUUCCUAAGUGUCCUUCUUUCUAAGUGUCCUUUUCCUAUGAGAGAAUGUUUUAUUUAUUUCUUUGGAUGAGGCAUGCUUUGUGUGGACACUUCAACUCUUCCUCCAAAAACAAAAUGGGCAACCUGCAUGAGGGCUGUAAACUGAAAAAAAAAAUGUUCUCCUCAGACACUAAAAGAACAUAACUCAGAGGGCCUUUUUUUCCGUGACAGACUGAAUUGGCCGUCUGCAAGGAUAUUGUCCAGGGAUGCCCGGAUGUUUUGAUGUUUUACCAUCCUUGUAGGAUGGCUUAUAUUGUGUCCCCGCAUGGGGAGCUGGAGCUGAAAGAGGGAGCUCAUCCACACUCUCCCCGGAUUCGAACCAUGGUCUGUCAAUCUUCAGUCCUGCCAGCACAAGGGUUUAACCCAUUGCGCAACUGGGGGCUCCACUCAGAGGACUAAAAAUGUAUACAUCUAGGCAUUCCAUAUUAAAACAAGCUGUUGGAGAGAUGUAUUUGCAUUUCUAAUUUUCAAUCUGUCUAUUGCAAAUAGUUUAUCUUUUCUGUACGCUUUUAUAUUUGCACAUCAUUUUAUAUCAUUAGUGUUCAAUAUGGAAAUGCUGCCCUUAAAUGUAAAAUCAUUGGAAGAGACCACAUGGGUCAUCUAGUCCAACCCCCUGCCAUGCAGGAAAAGCACAAUCAAAGUAUUAAAACUGUGCUAUAUUGGACCUUUUUUGGCAAAGCAGCACUUUGAUGUUGCUUGGAGAAAAGAGUUCUGCAUAUCUAGAAGGAACAAGCCUUGUGAGAUUUAUCCCCCUCAGGCUUUAGGCAUGACUAGACAUGUUUUAAAUACUAGUCAACCUCUUUGUAUAUAUGAUUCUGUUCAGUGCCUCUGUAUGUCAUCAUUGCACAAUAAAGGGCUAUUUUGAA